AUGGAGACACAGAGACACAUCUUCCCCAGGACUCUUCCUCUCAGCAACACACACACAGGUGAGUUCCCAGGUGGGAUGGUAACCAUAGUGAUGGAGAUGCUGCUCAGCUGCUCUCUCUGCCUGCUCCUCCUGCUCAGCUGUGUGAGGGAACCUGUGGAGAGCCGACACCUCCAUGUGGGCAGCUGCUCUGUCGACAUCCACACACACGAACUGCGGAAAUAUUACUCUGCCAUACGAUCAGAUGUGUUAGCAGGAGACAAUGAGAUUGGAGUAAAGCUUCUGGACAGAUCAUUGAUCAAAAAUGUCCCGGAGGGACAGAAGUGCUGCUUCCUGCAUCUUCUGCUGCGUUUCUACGUUGAGCGAGUGUUCAGCAACUACGCGUCCUCACAUCCACAGCAUCGGCGCAGCUCCAGCACUCUGGCCAACGCUUUCGUCAUCAUCAGAAAAGAUAUACAUAAAUGUCACUGCCACUGUGAGGAAGCAACCCAGAGAACAAUCGACUCCCUCCAUGCUGAGUUUAUCAAGCUCCAGGCGAACGAGGGAGCCCAGAAGGCCAUGGGAGAGCUGGACACUGUGCUGGAGUGGCUGGAGCGCCUGAGCCAGAAUGCACACUCAUGA